AUAGGAUGAUUGUAGCAACAGUGGUGUUUCAGCUUCUGAUGUUUGGAGUGGUAAGCUUAAAGCAGUCAUACGCUGCAUCAGUCUUAAUCCUUCCGCUACCUGUCAUCACACUCCUGUUCUAUUUCUUCAUUCUGCAACACUACAUCAGACCUGCAGAGAACCUGUCGCUGAGUGCGGCUCAUGGCCUGGAGAGUCCCGCUCCAAACUUUAUACAGGACGUAGCGAAGAGCUACAUGAGGACUCAAGGAGUUCCAGCCCCAGUCCCGGAACCUGCUCCAGCAGACGUUGACCAGACCUUGGGAUCUGAGUUAGAGUCUAGUCUUCCUCUGACAGCCACCACCGAGAAGAAAGAGGAUGUGUAAAGGACUAGUACCGGAUAAUGGAAUUCGUUUACUGUGAUGAUGGAUAGACUUUUUGAAUUCCCCAGAACCAUUAAAUGGUUUAUUUAUCGGAGGAAUAUGAGUUUUAUUUCACAACCUUGUUUUCCUAUCCAUUUUUUUUAUAAACCAGGUCUUGGAAAGUUUAGAGUCUAAAAGUACUAGGUUAGAAAUAUUUUUAUUCAACCAAUCAAACCUUAAAACAGAGUUUUUUUUAGCUUAGACAAGUCUUUGACAUAGUUAGGUUGUCACCGAAAGUUGUACUGAUUAACUUAAGAUUAACUCCUUUGGAGUGGGCACUGCUGAAAAGGUAAACAGCGUUAGGAAGGGCUUGGUUGACACCAGUCAUAACUUAAAAUCUCCGUCAACAGGGAAGAAGUGACCGCACUCGGAUGGGUAAUGUCUAUACUUAUUUCUGAGAGUAAGCAAUUUAUCAAACGAUCGGAGGUGUUUUAAGCUAUCCUUAAGAAGGGGUAUAAAUUUUCAUAACUGUAGUCUAAGAUAGAAAAAUCAUUCCCACAUGUUUUCAUCGUCGGGACCUUUAGAGUAACAGAAACAUUUAAAGUCGACUGUAGAGAUAUGAGCCGCUGCAAUGAUUUUCGUCCAGCAUACAAUAGUUAGCUAAUGGUACAGCAAUAUCCUGCUUCAUUAAAAGUGAACGUCAAA